AUGGAAGGAUGGAUGGAUGUAUAUUCGAAGGGAAACAUAAAGCAUGCAACACAAAAACAAAAUAAGGGCAUAAUUGUGCAGUUUAAAUGACAUGGGCUGACCCUAGUAUGCUUUUUUAUGUUAUUAAUACAUUAUUUUUGAACUACAGAUUGACUCUAAAAUUAACGGUGUUCACUAGUUUGAGAUUGCUGACAUUUCUCAGUUUUGAUGAUAGGUCCUGUGAUGUACUUUUAAUAAGUCCUUAUAAAAGUUUUUACCAUCUACCGCCCAAAAAAAACAAACAAACAAACUAACACUUUAGCCUUCCAUGUUCCACAAUCAUGACCAACAUUAAAAUACAUUAGUCUAGUAGGCCUAGGUGUUCAUAAAAAUGACAGUUUAUUCAUAAAAAGCAUAUUGACAGGGGAAGUCAAGUAAAAAAAAAAUCUAUACAAUAAUGUUAGUUCUAGCGACUCAUCAAAAACACAGUAUUCCAAUUAAUAUUGCAUAUGUGACAUAUGAAUAAAACAAGAAAAUCAUCCUGUUUUUAUCCAAAGCAGUGGGCGGACAUUUUGCCAUUUGCUCACGACUGAAAAUGACAAAAGUGCCUUAGGGCUUAGCUUACCACUGUCACAUGACUGCUUAAUUAAUAUUCCACAAAGUAUUAUUCAGAAUGUCGUGUUUACACUAGUGGGGCCCCGUAGAAUUUAUAAUUGGAAACAACUUUUAUGACUUGAUUUCCCCUUUUCUUGCAUGUCACUAAAACAUUCUCAACAGUUUAACUAUUAACACUGCACUAAAAUAUAAGAGGGGAAACGAUAUUAAAUAAUGAACAAUGAAAACAUACUGCAUAUCAAAGUUUAAAAUAAAUUGUACCGGUACCGAAAUAAAUGUUAAGUUCUUUUAAAGAGUAAAUUAAAAGCUAAACAAAUUUACUGUAUUUAAACAGUGAUUCUAGUCGCCGUUUUUUGCUCUGUGGCCAAAACAUUAGGUACCAUCAUGUCACUCCUGGAGGUUCUCACCAACAGCCACACGGUGGGUUACCCGGUGUCGGACACUGUUGCUUUACUGCUUCUUCUGCUGUUGCUGCUGCUCGUCACUGCCUGGGAAUGGACACAUUGGUCAAACAUACCAGGUCCGUCCUUUAUGGCAGGACUCGGUCCGUAUCUUUCCUAUACUCGGUUUAUCUGGACCGGCAUUGGAACAGCGAGCAACUACUACAACAACAAAUACGGCAGCAUUGUGCGGGUGUGGAUCGACAGCGAGGAGACCCUCAUCAUCAGCAGGUCCUCUGCCAUCUAUCAUGUCCUGAGGAGCGCCCACUACGUGGCCAGAUUUGGGAGUAAAACAGGCUUGGAGUGUAUUGGGAUGGAAAGGAGGGGAAUCAUUUUUAACAGUGAUGUGGAACUCUGGAAAAAAGUCAGAACUUAUUUUUUGAAAGCCCUGACAGGACCCGGUCUUAAGAGGACAGCGUCCAUCUGCGUGAGUUCCACAGCAGAACGUUUGGAUCACCUCCAGGACAUGACAGACACCUCGGGACACGUGGACACUCUCAAUCUGCUGAGAGCCAUCGUGGUGGAUAUCUCCAACAAACUUUUCCUCGGGGUGCCUCUCAACGAGAGGGACUUGCUGAUGAAAAUUCAAAACUAUUUCAAGACUUGGCAAGCGGUUCUGAUUAAGCCGGAUAUAUUCUUCAAAAUUGGAUGGCUGUAUGAUAAACACAAAAAAGCAGCCCAGGAGCUUCAAGACGCAAUGGAGAUGCUUCUUGACUUGAAAAGAAAGACUAUUCAAGAAUCCGAGAAGCUGGAUGACGAGCUGGAUUUUGCAACGGAGCUUAUCUUUGCUCAGAACCAAGGGGAACUCUCUGGCGACGACGUGAGGCAAUGUGUGCUGGAGAUGGUGAUCGCCGCUCCUGAUACUCUCUCCAUCAGCCUCUUCUUCAUGCUGAUGCUGCUCAAACACAACCCAGACACCGAGCACAGCCUGGUAGAGGAGAUGGACGCCGUCAUCAGCGAAAGUGGAGCAGAAAAUGUGGAUUACGCACGUCUGAAAGUGCUGGAGAUUUUCAUCAACGAGUCGUUGAGGUACCAUCCGGUGGUUGACUUCACCAUGCGCAAAGCUCUGGAAGAUGACGACAUUGAAGGCAUCAGCGUUAAAAAAGGAACAAACAUCAUUCUCAACAUCGGUCUCAUGCACAAGACGGAAUUUUUUCCCAAACCCAAAGAAUUCAACCUGCACAAUUUUGACAAAACGGUUCCCAAACGUUUCUUCCAGCCGUUCGGAUGCGGGCCUCGCUCCUGCGUGGGCAAGAACAUCGCCAUGGUGAUGAUGAAGGCCAUCCUGGUUACACUCCUGUCUCGUUUCAGCGUGUGUCCGCGCCAAGGUUGCACCGUCAACAGCAUCAAGCAGACCAACGACCUGUCCCAGCAGCCAGUGGAAGACGAGCACAGCCUGGCUAUGCGCUUCUCCCCGCGAACAACGCAACAUGGAUACGCUCUUGACACUGACAAUGUCGGCUCAGACUACUUGCUUUCAGCGUCUGUAAAAAGGUGCUAAAUUUGUACCUUCUAAUGGCUUGUCACUGAGGCAUUUUAGGACACUUACAAUUUGUAAUCGUACACUUUUAGCAACAACGCGUACUAUCUAGAUCAGGGAUUAAAACAGUUCACUUACCACACCUGAUCAGUUUUAAAUUGUAAUAACCAUUAGAUGGCACACUUCACUUGGUCGCACUUUUACCUGUUCAUCUCCAGUAGAGAAGAAGAAUGUAGAAGUUUUGAUAGCCAUAAUUGAUUUUGCAUCAUAAUAGAAUCACUCGAGUUAAAGGAGACUAAACACAGAGCGCGCAUUCAUUGCUUACGGUGGCAGUGAGUGAACUCAACACGACUCACUUCACAACAAGCAGCAGUUUGGCAGAUAAAAGAACACAUCUUU